AUAUACGAGUUCUUUUAUCACUCCCCAACCAGCGCAAUGGAGUUCUUUCAGGCUACCAUUUGGCUGCUUGCCAUAAGCACAGUGGUUGUGUCGCAGUCGACCAGGAUGGAUACCUACUCGGACAUGCCCGCUGAGGUACAACAGUGCGUUGCCCAACUGACAAACGGCACGAACGAUGGAGCAAAAGUCUCGGAGGAAGCGCAUAUCCAAUGCAUGCAGCAGUUUGUCUGGAAGGCGGACAGAAUACGCUGGGACGCAGCUGUCAAUAUGACUGAUAAAGAGACGGAAUUCAUUAAUGAUAUCAUCAGAUCCGUAUUUAAACAUAGGCAGCAGUCUUCUAGAUCGAAGAGACAGAUAGGCCAAGGUAUCUUUCCUCCGACUGGUUUUAGAAUAAGAAAGGAAUACAGACGUCUGACAGACUUUGAGAGAAUGGCAGUGCAUGACGCAUUCAAUGGUAUUAAAAGUAAUGGAGGAUAUACUGCUUUUGCUAAGCUUCAUAGGGGUAUUGUGAUAAAUUCCGGCCACUCGGGACCAAACUUUCUGGGCUGGCACCGUGUUUAUCUAGCUAUGUUGGAGGAAUCGCUAAGACGAAUUAAUCCAAUGGUUUCACUACCCUAUUGGGACUCAACACUAGACAACGACAUGGCCAACCCGGAAAUGACGAUUGUAUUUUCACCACCUUUCCUUGGAAACGGCGACGCGAUUGUUGUAACAGGUCCAUUCAGCAACUGGCCUACAAACACUGGACCACUGGCCAGAGCUAUAGGGACGGAAAGUAGGCUCUUUUCGAAAGAGUUUAUUGCAAGCAUGAUGACCCGAUGUCGUACGACUGAAAUCACGUUUCCAACUGCUAUGUCAACUUUUGACCUUGAAUUUGCUCAUGGUGGUCCUCAUGCCUGGGUCAAUGGGCAUAUGCGCGGCUUAGAAACGGCAGCACAGGAUCCCGUGUUCUUUAUGCACCACGCAUUUGUAGAUUAUAUAUGGGAAAUGUUCCGAAUUCACCAGUUUUUCGACUGCCAAAUUGACCCGUCGAGAGACUACCCUCCGGCAGGGGGACUCCACCAUCCAUUACGACCUAUGGAUGGCUUCCCAGGAUAUCGUAGUAUUGACGGGUAUGCAAACUAUUGGACACAAUUCUGGUAUCGCUAUGAAAGAUCACCAUUUUGUUCGGCUGCAAUGCCUUCAUGUGGAUCACCUUAUCUUUGGUGUGAUGUUUCUCGAGGAAGAUGUGUUUCUGCUGCUAGAAUGGCGCCAUUUAGCGACGGAAUGGGAUCUCCUUUGAGUUCUGCUGGAUACGCCACCAGCCCCGCGGCGGCCAAUGCACGGUCAAUUGCUGCCCAAGCCAGUCCAGGACCAAGGUUCCGUGCUCCCCCAGCUGAACCUAGAACGCAGGCAGGUCGGCUGGGUCGGGCUAGGUUCCGCCGAGCCGCCCCAAACAACAAAACCAUCAAUGGCACGUAUGAUACAUUCGAUGUUGUGAUAAGCUCUCAGCAAAAUGGCCACUUGUUCUCGCAUGCUGAGCCACUCCCACUACUCCGAGUGCCUUAUACAGGAACAGUUCAAACUCGAGAUCAACUGUCUCCGUCACAAGGAACAAUUGACAGAAGAGCAAAGCAAACGGAAACGGAUUGGUUUUACAUUCCGAUACGCGUGAUAAAUAAGAUUAACAUGAAAAGUACAUCUAGAAAUCGUCGAUGCAACAGGGGAAAACAGAUUAAAGUUACAGUUCAGGGUUUGAAUUACUUGGGAAGCUUUGUAGAUUAUCCAAGUAUGACUGCGAAAUCACCAAUUUCAACAGCGGUCGCCAUUGUUGCAAUACGGGUACCCCAAAUUGGACCGUCGGAAGCUAUGAUCUCUGCUGUUCAUAGUUGCGGUUAUUCAUGCAAACCAUCAUGCUUGAAAAGUGAUGCUGGACCGGCGGAGUACCAACCCUGUAAUGGUAUUCUUGAAAUCAAACCUGGCGAGCUCGACCUGUUCAGUCGGAGUUAUCAAGGAGCGGUGCAGAAACUGGACGGACAGGUUUCGGACAAGCAAAACAAUGUAAGAAUGAUUUUCCAUUGCAACCAAGAAACAACAUCGUGGAAUGUUUGGUCUUCCCAUAGACGCAGUUAAACACCUUUAUGUGUAUUACAGAACUUUAGAUUUUGAAAAGAAAAAAAUUGUUUCCGAUUCAAUCCCAUUUUGCUACUGUUAUAUGCUUUAACACAACUAAUUACAUUGGUACAAAAACUAAUAAAAUAAAACAAAACAA